CCCGGCCACCGCUCUUAGGGGAGACAGCGUGUGCUGCCUCCGGGGGCGGGUCGGUAGCGGGAGUGAGGGCCGCAGGGAAGCCGGUGCGUUGGGCCCAGCAGUUCGGGCCCUGGGUCGCCCCCACGCGCUAAGGGUGGGCCGGGAUGCGUUUCCGGGAGUAAGAGCGGCCGCCUUCGUCAGGGGCAUAAUGGCAGCCACAGUCAGAAGGCAGAGGCCAAGGAAGCUAGCCUGUUGGGUCUUGAUGGCUGUCCUGUUGGCAGAUCUAUUGGCGCUGAGUGACACGCUGGCAGUGAUGUCUGUGGACCUGGGCAGCGAAUCCAUGAAGGUGGCCAUUGUCAAACCUGGAGUGCCCAUGGAGAUUGUCUUGAACAAGGAAUCUCGGAGGAAAACCCCAGUAACCGUGACCCUAAAAGAAAAUGAAAGAUUCUUUGGAGACACUGCAGCAGGCAUGGCCAUCAAGAACCCAAAGGCUACGUUACGUUAUUUCCAGCACCUUCUAGGGAAACAGGCAGAUAACCCCCAUGUGGCCCUGUAUCGGGCCCGUUUUCCAGAGCAUGAGCUAAGCUUUGACCCACAGAGGCAGACUGUAUACUUCCAGAUCAGCCCGCAGCUUCAGUUCUCACCUGAGGAGGUUUUAGGCAUGGUUCUCAAUUACUCCCGGUCCCUGGCUGAAGAUUUCGCAGAGCAGCCCAUCAAGGAUGCUGUCAUCACUGUGCCAGCCUUCUUCAACCAGGCUGAACGUAGAGCUGUGCUGCAAGCUGCCCGAAUGGCUGGCCUUAAAGUACUGCAGCUCAUCAAUGACAACACUGCCACUGCCCUCAGCUACGGUGUCUUCCGUCGGAAGGAUAUCAAUGCCACUGCACAGAAUAUCAUGUUCUAUGACAUGGGGUCAGGCAGCACCGUGUGUACCAUCGUGACCUACCAGACUGUGAAGACCAAGGAAGCUGGGAUGCAACCACAGCUACAGAUCCGGGGCGUGGGGUUUGACCGUACCCUGGGGGGCCUGGAAAUGGAGCUUCGGUUACGUGAGCACCUGGCUGGGCUCUUUAAUGAACAGCGCAAGGGCCAGAGAGCCAAGGAUGUGCGGGAGAACCCACGUGCCAUGGCCAAGUUGCUGCGGGAGGCAAAUCGACUCAAAACUGUCCUGAGUGCCAACGCUGACCACAUGGCCCAGAUCGAGGGCCUGAUGGAUGAUGUGGACUUCAAGGCAAAAGUGACCCGAGCGGAAUUUGAGGAGCUGUGUGCAGACUUGUUUGAGCGGGUGCCUGGGCCUGUCCAGCAGGCCCUACAGAGUGCUGAAAUGAGCUUGGAUGAAAUUGAACAGGUGAUCCUGGUGGGUGGGGCCACUCGGGUCCCCAAGGUUCAGGAGGUGCUGCUGAAGGCUGUGGGCAAGGAGGAGCUAGGCAAGAACAUCAACGCAGAUGAAGCAGCCGCCAUGGGGGCUGUGUACCAGGCAGCUGCACUGAGCAAAGCCUUCAAGGUGAAGCCAUUCGUUGUCCGCGAUGCAGUGGUCUACCCCAUCCUGGUAGAGUUCACAAGGGAGGUUGAGGAUGAGCCUGGCGUUCGCAGCCUAAAGCACAAUAAGCGUGUGCUCUUCUCUCGAAUGGGGCCAUACCCUCAACGCAAAGUCAUCACCUUUAACCGCUACAGCCAUGAUUUCAACUUUCACAUCAACUACGGUGACCUGGGCUUCCUGGGGCCUGAGGAUCUUCGGGUAUUUGGCUCCCAUAAUCUGACCACAGUGAAGCUAAAAGGUGUGGGUGAGAGCUUCAAAAAGUAUCCAGACUACGAGUCCAAGGGCAUCAAGGCACACUUCAACCUGGAUGAGAGUGGUGUGCUCAGUCUAGAUAGGGUGGAAUCUGUAUUUGAGACCCUGGUGGAGGACAGCCCAGAGGAGGAAUCUACUCUUACCAAACUUGGAAACACCAUUUCCAGCCUGUUUGGAGGUAGUACCACACCAGACACCAAAGAAAAUGGGACCGAUGCUGUCCAGGACGAAGAGGAGAGUCCUGCUGAGGGGACCAAGGAUGAGCCUGGGGAGCAGGCGGAGUUCAAGGAGGAAGCUGAGGCCCCAGUGGAGGAUACUUCUCAGACUCCACCCCUUGAGCCUAAAGAGGACACUCCUGAGGGAGAAAAGCCUCCUGAAAAAGAAAGUGGGGACAAGUCUGAGGCCCAGAAAUCCAGUGAGAAGGGGGAGGCAGAACCUGAGGGUGGCCCUCCAGCCCCUGAAGAAGAGAAGAAGCAAAAGCCUGCCCGGAAGCAGAGGAUGGUAGAGGAGAUUGGGGUGGAGCUGGUAGUUUUGGACCUGCCUGACUUGCCUGAGGAUGAGCUGGCUCGUUCAGUGCAGAAACUUGAGGACUUGACCUUCCGAGACCUAGAGAAGCAGGAACGGGAGAAAGCGGCCAACAGCUUGGAAGCUUUCAUCUUUGAGACCCAGGAUAAGCUGUACCAGCCUGAGUACCAGGAAGUGUCCACUGAGGAACAGCGUGAGGAGAUCUCUGGGAAACUCAGUGCUGCAUCUACCUGGCUGGAGGAUGAGGGCUUUGGGGCCACCACUGUGAUGUUGAAGGAGAAGCUGGCCGAACUGAGGAAGUUGUGCCAAGGGCUAUUUUUCCGAGUGGAAGAACGCAAGAAGUGGCCUGAACGGCUGUCUGCCCUCGACAAUCUCCUCAACCAUUCUAGCAUGUUUCUCAAGGGYGCCCGGCUUAUCCCAGAAAUGGACCAGAUCUUUACUGAGGUGGAGAUGACAACUUUAGAAAAAGUCAUCAAUGAGACCUGGGCCUGGAAAAAUGCAACUAUGGCUGAGCAAGCCAAACUUCCUGCCACAGAGAAGCCUGUGUUGCUCUCAAAAGACAUCGAGGCCAAGAUGAUGGCCUUGGACCGCGAGGUGCAAUAUCUGCUCAAUAAGGCCAAGUUUGCCAAGCCCCGACCCCGGCCCAGGGACAAGAAUGGCAACCGAACAGAGCCUCCCCUCAAUGCCAGUGCCAGUGACCAGGGGGAGAAGGUCACCCCACCAGCAGGCCACACUGAGGAUGCAAAGCCCAUUUCAGAACCUGAGAAAGUAGAGACUCGAUCUGAACCAAAAGACACGGAGCCUCUGGAGUUGGGAGGUCCUGGAGUAGACUCUGAACAGGAGCAGCCAGCAAGACAGAAGAGGCCUUUGAAGAAUGAUGAGCUAUAACCCCCACUUUCAGUCUCCCCACUCCACUUCUCCUACCACCUCUAUUUAUUAUACAUCGGGGUUGGGGGAGGGGCUGGUCCUGCCUUCAUAGGCUCAAAUUCCUUCUCUCUCACCUGGGAGGGAGUGUGGAGAAGGGGCAGGAUGGGCCACUCAUCAGUUCCUUCUGGGGUAGCUCUGUGGUUAAAACCUGAACUUAUUCUGAUCCCCUCCCUACCCCCAGUUUCCUACCCAUUUGGCCCUGCAUUUGGGAAAAAUCACUAUUAUGUCUUAAUUAUUUGCCUGUGGGUAGGUGAGAGAACAGUCAGAAGUGGUUUAUGGUGAUAUGGGUAGUGGGAAGGAUGUCCUGGGACACUGGAGAGCAUCUUCUCUGGGCAUCCUUCCUUUUACCAUGAAAUCAAUGUCCCAUUUGGGCCAGUGUCUACAGAGCCUUGGUCACCAGGUUUGGUUUCCAAGUGCCUAUCUUUUCUUCUUCCAAGGUCUUCUCUUUCCAUAACCCCUCCCCCCAGUUUCCAUCUGGUUCCUUUUUUUAUUCUUUUUCUUGGCUUCAUGGUGCAAGUUGGGUGGUUCCCUGCCCCUUGCCCAGAGCCUUCCAUCUGAACUGGCUGGAGUAAAUCUCAAGUAUCACCACCAGCAUGUCUGGCCUCUUGUGGCCAGAGUUUGCAGGGAGCAGGUAAGGGAAUCGGCUGCUCUGCAGGGAAUGAGAUGUAUGAAAGUGCUGAAGCCCCCACUUGUGGGCUGUUGGGCCCAGGAAGGCCAUGUAGAGUAGCUGGCAUGGUUACGAACAUCCUGCAGACACUCAAAAUCCUUAUCUUCCCAAUAGCCUGGUACCCCAGGUUCUUAGGACUACCUGCCCCCAUCUCUCCUGCUGUUCUGCCUCUUCCAGACAGAGCCUUCCCGCUCCCCCUGCCCCCCUGGGCUGACCAAAAUGUGCUUUCUACUGUGAGCCCCCAUUCCAAGACCCUGGGGGAUGGAGAGACCAUGGUGUGAAUGUAAAAAUGCCACCUCAGUCUUUGAGGAGGGCUUUGUGGGUAAAGGAAGAUCAGGACUGGCCUGCCUUGUGCAUGUUGCUCUGCUAGGAUGGGGGUCCUUUCCCCACUAUGCUGAGGCCUAGGGAGCCUGUCCUCCAGUAUUCUGUCUGUAGCAGGAGCUAGGGCUGCCACCCCAGUUCCAGGACAAGGGCAAACCUGGUUGUGUCAGUUGUUUUGUCUCUCAUUUUAUUAUUAUUUUAUUCUUCCUCUCCUCCUUUUUUUUUUUUUUUUUUUUUUUUUUUUUGGAUUUGCCACAUUGGCAGAGAGGGGCCUAAGGGUCUCAUCCCCACCCCCAUCUUCUGUAUGUUUGAGUUAUUUCAUUAGCAGUUGAGGCUGGUUGGACAGGUUUGAAUCAAAUCGUA